AUGGCAAAACAAUUUCUUUUCCAUCUGUUAAUCAUUGCUAUUCAGAUACAAUCAGGAAUAGCUGAGACUUUUAAAUGCGAAAAAGAUGGAUUCUUUCCGGAUAAACGCGAUUGUUGGCUUUAUCAUAUCUGCGUGGGAUCGUCACAUUCAGUAAAAGCUUGCAAAGAUGAUCUCCUGUUUAAUCCAGUCAAAAACGAAUGUGAUUGGGCUAUGAAUGUAAACUGCACGAAUUCUCACGCAACCACAUUUGCACCACCGCACAUUCCACCUUCUACAUCAAAUGCAAAGAUACCUGCUAGUGACAAAUUACCAGAUGAAACAGUUCUUGAUUAUUUGUGUCAAUCCGUUGCUAAUGACUAUGUUGCUCACCCAUCAGAUUGUAAACAAUAUGCCUACUGUGCAAACGGUGUUCCACAAACGAAAAUAUGUAAAAAGAAUCUCCUGUGGUCACAAACCGAAAGAAUGUGUGUAUGGCCUGCUCAAUCAGAUUGUCCGGCGAAGAGCACAAGUGCAGCGCCACCCACCGCAGAACCAGCUGAACGAGAUAUGUUAUACAUACCUCGAGGUUCAGUCUAUCCAUCUUCUUAUGUUUCGACCAACCCUCCGGCAUCAGAUCUUUGCCCGCCGACGAAAUCCUGGCGCAUUCCAGAUCCAUAUGAUUGUUCGAUUUAUCAUGAUUGUUAUCGUGGUGCUGACCGCAUAUCGUACUGUCCAGCCACAUUACAAUAUAAUCCUGAAAAACAAAAAUGCGACCAUGCACAUAAUGUACAAUGUAAGAAUAAGUGUACAAUAGAAAACGACGGCGCUCGAUUCAUUGAUCCUGCCAGUUGUUGCCAUUUUUAUGAGUGUAUUUCCGGAAAAUUGACUCUGCAGACAUGUCCGCACCCGAAUUUAUACGAUAUACAAACUCAUCGAUGUGUGUCAUAUAGACAAGUAAAAUGUGCUGGUCGGCGGCCAUGUUUGAACAAAUGCCAUUAUACAUCGAAACAUGAUGAUCGAAAAAGUUCGUGCGAUUUCUCGCCAUCGUGUGCUGGCCAUAGCAAUGGGUUUUACCUUGAUCCAACCAAACCGAAUUGUCAAUCGUAUAUACAAUGUUUAGAUUAUCGUGUGGCAAAUUAUAGUCGCUGUGCAAGCGGACAACGUUUUAAUAAGAAUAUGGGGAAGUGUACACCAGCUGAUCAACGAGCAACUGUACACCUUUCAUUUGACUGUAAUGAGAUUGACACACCAUCGAUUCGAAAGUCACAAGUCAUCUAUAUAAUCUUCAUCAUAACCAUUUCUGUACUCACGUGA